GCCACCUCAGUCGCAAACGUUUACUAAUGCCAUAAAUCCGUCUCUUUCCCCGCGCCCCCUCCUUCCUUCCUCGCUCGCUAGGCGCUAGGCGCUAGCUCGCUUCGACUUCGUCGCUGUGCGGCUUCCCCACCAUCUCCGGCACGCCUGCCGCCACCCCCAGCCAAUGGAGCCCAUGGAAAGCCAGCUGACCGCCGUCGCGCUCUCCGACUCCGACAGCGCCUCCGUCGAGGGCGCCGCCGCGGCGGACGCGGCGGACGCCGACCUGCAGGCGCUCCGCCGCCUCUCCGACAACCUCGCGGCGGCGUUCCGCUCCCCCGAUGACUACGGCUUCCUCUCCGACGCGCGCAUCGCGGUGCCCGGCGCGCCCGACCUCCGCGUGCACCGCUGCGUGCUCUGCGCGCGCAGCCCCUUCCUGCGCGACGUCUUCGCGCGCCGCGCCGCCAGCGACGGCGAGGAGAAGGACAAGGGCAGGGACAGGGGCAAGGUGGAGCUCCGGGAUCUCCUCGGCGACGAGGUGGAGGUCGGGUACGAGGCGCUGCGGCUGGUGGUCGACUACCUCUACAGCGGCCGCGUCGCCGCCCUCCCCAAGGCGGCCUGCCUCUGCGUCGACGAGGACGGCUGCGCGCACGUCGGCUGCCGCCCCGCCGUCGCCUUCAUGGCGCAGGUCCUCUUCGCCGCGUCCACCUUCGACGUCGCCGAGCUCACCAACCUCUUCCAGCGGCGUCUCCUUGAUGUCCUUGAUAAGGUUGAAGUGGACAACCUCCCAUUGAUCUUAUCUGUUGCCAACUUAUGCAACAAAUCUUGUGUGAAACUGCUUGAGAGAUGCCUUGAUGUAGUAGUUCGGUCAAAUCUGGAUAUGAUUACUCUUGAGAAGGCAUUGCCUCCAGAUGUUGUCAAAGCAAUUGUUGAUGCAAGGCUAAGUCUUGGAUUAGUUUUACCAGAGGACAAGGGCUUCCCUAACAUACAUGUAAGAAGAGUACACAGGGCGCUGGAUUCUGAUGAUGUAGAGCUAGUCCGAAUGCUACUCAAGGAAGGAAAAACUAAUCUCGAUGAUGCAUAUGCGUUACACUAUGCUGUCGAACAUUGCGACUCAAAGAUCACAACAGAACUUCUGGAUUUCGCACUUGCAGAUGUUAAUCAUAGGAACCCAAGAGGCUAUACGGUUCUUCACAUUGCUGCUAUGAGAAGGGAACCUAAAAUCAUUGUCUCUCUUUUGACCAAGGGAGCUCGGCCGUCAGAUCUCACAUUUGAUCACAGAAAAGCAGUACAGAUCUCUAAACGACUUACAAAUCAUGGGGAUUACUUUGGGCCUACUGAGGAUGGAAAGCCUUCUCCUAAAGAUAGAUUAUGUAUUGAGAUACUAGAGCAAGCUGAAAGAAGGGACCCACAUCUUGGAGAAGCAUCAGUUUCUCUUGCAAUAGAAGGAGACUCUGCGCGUGGAAGGUUGCUCUACCUUGAAAACCGAGUUGCUUUAGCGAGGAUAUUGUUCCCCAUGGAGGCAAGGGUAGCAAUGGACAUUGCUCAAGUUGAUGGAACCUUGGAAUUUACCCUUGGUUCUAAUGCUAAUCUGCCUACCGAGAUUCAGCGGACAGUUGACCUGAACGAUACUCCUUUCAUAAUGAAGGAAGAGCACUUGGCUCGGAUGAGAGCCCUAGCCAAAACAGUUGAACUCGGGAAACGUUUCUUCCCACGGUGUUCAAAAGUGCUCGACAAGAUCAUGGAUGACGAAACCGAGCUGGCUUCCCUCGGACGAGACACAUCCACAGAGAAGAAGAGGAGGUUCCAUGACCUGCAAGACUUGGUUCACAAGGCAUUCAGCGAGGACAAGGAGGAGAACGACAGGUCGGCGGCCCGGUCGUCUUCCUCGUCGUCGACGACGUCGAUCGGAAUCGGAGCCGUCCGGCCUCGGAGAUGAAAGGAGGCAUGGGUUCUGUUUCUGCCUCGCCAUUUUGGUAGCUGAUGAUCCCCCUGGUCCUAACAGUUUUAGCAUCGCCUGAUAUUCUCCCAAUCCGUUGGCCACAUAGAGAUCGUAAUCAUGCUCACUUGUGCUUGUAUUGUAUAGUAUUAGUGCAGAACCUAUACUCCUACUAACUAUAUACUAGGUGUAAAUCGGUACUGGAGAUUGUAAUGGUAGUAGUCACAGUGUGGCGUAGUCAAAUUCCCGCGUGUGUGUCCAGCAGCUAGCUGCUCGGGAUUGUAAUGGCGUUUUGAGCAAUUAACGAAGAUCCUCUGCCAUGGCUUGCGAAGGAUA